UCUUUUUCAUAGGGCAGAGGACGGACAAAAGGGUGCACCCAGCAGGCUUUCAGCACAGCCAAAGCUCUCUCAACCAUCAUUUAAUUUCCUGCAGGAUCAAGAGUUUAGUCAGUUUGCCGUUCAUCUUUCACAGUGAGUGGCGCCAUCGAUGGGGUUCGUAAAAAGAGGGAGGCACGACAAAUGUGUUUUUCUUGGCUGUUAAAAUCUGGAGAGGAAUUUCAGUGGGCAGAGGACGCUACAGUCUGACAACUCCUAAAAGGAGACGAGGACACAAUCUGAAGGACGAUAGAUUGAAUACAGUCCAAGGCAACCAUGCAACGGCACAACGUUCUUCUGCUCACAUUGGCUUUACUGGUCAUGUUGGAGGUCUGCAGGGUCCGGGGCUGUCGGAUUGGCUCAGGGUCAGAGUGUGAGAAAGCCCCUUUUGUCCCGGGCUACAACCUUGCAGGAGAGGGUUUUGAUGUGGUGCGGAUGCGUCGCACGGGGGCAUACGUGAUCAAUGUCAAAGCUCAUCUGGCUGAAAACCACACCUGUACACUGUGUACAAACCGCUUCCAAGACGGACAGAUUCAGAGGCUCCCCGCUGCAGUGCUCGACUGGCGUCCCUUCAGCCGCUGCAGUAAGCAGCUUUCUAGUGCCCUCCACCACUCUGUGGACUCCCUGCUGCGCAGCUCCAACUCCCUGGUUAACAACAACUGGGGCCUGGGCUUGAGUUUAGAUAAUAUUGGUAAGGUCGUGCUGGGAGGAAGCCGCUCAGACUUGGCAAAGUUUGCUCGUUCGCAGCACAGCGUGGACAAGGCCACUUUUGCCAUCCAUGAAAUCAGUUGCACCUACUACAGCUACAGGCUGGCUGAUCAUCCCCAGCUGAGUGCAGAGUUCACAAAGCAUCUGAAGAGACUCCCACAGAGUUUGGAUACAAGCCAGAACAGAGCCUUAUAUAGACGGCUGAUAGACACCUAUGGAACACACUACAUACACCAGGUCCAGCUUGGUGGUAAGGUGAAGCGAAUCACUGCUUUCAGGACCUGCCUGGCCACACUGAAAGGUUACUCCGAGUCCGACAUCAAAAACUGCUUGAAUUUUGAACUCCGAAUGGCUCUCGGUUUCCUCCCUGGCAAUGCAUCCUUAUCCAACAAGUGCGACAACCUCCUAAAGGGUAACAUGAGCAUGGGUUUCUACCAAGGCUUCAUGACCCACAAGAUUGAGGUUAUUGGAGGGGAGAGGUACUUCCCCGACAUCCUCUACCAUGAGGACCCAUCUGAGGCGUACCAGAGCUGGAUGAGCAGCCUCCACGACAACCCUGAUGUGGUCUCUUACGCCAUCUUCCCCCUGCAUCAUCUGGUGGAGGACUCACAGAUCAGUGCUAAUCUGAGGACCAUUGUCACAGAGUAUAUUAAAGAUAACCAGCUGCAGGAGGACCGGCCUGGUUUCAAGAACUGCUCCCCGACUUCCAACCUGGACCAUAACUGCUGUCCUCUACGGGCUGGCAGAGGAACUCUUAGACUGGAGAUCCGCAGAGCGGCAGGUCUGAGGGCGGACACCUUCACAAAAACAGAUGCCUACGUGAAGAUCUUCUACAAUGGCAUUUACGAGGAGACCGAGACUGUGAUGGACAACAACGACCCAGUGUGGAACGCAACUUAUGACUUUGGGUCGGUGGAACUGGGUCAGUUGUUGAGGUUUGAAGUCUGGGAUAGAGAUGUGCUUUACAACGACGUAGCAGGUAGAUGUGUUGUAUUCCCUGAGCGAGGAACUCACUCGCUAAGCUGUCAGUUGAACAAAGGAGUUCUCUAUUUCACAUACACCAUCAAAUGUGACGCUCACUUGACAGGCUUCAGGUGUGGACGAUACUCCCCCAACGCCGAGUAGAUUAUUAGAUUACAAAAUGUAGAUUUAAAAAUUUUCUUCAUACAUAAUGUUAAACUCUGAAGUAUAUGAUUUUUCAGCAGGAGCUAGUAAACUAAUUUCCCAUGCAUUUUAACUGGAAAUAUCUGUCGACAUUUUGGAUGCCAAACAAUCUCCCCCAUUUCUCACAUACAUGUUCAGUAGUUGUUGAUCAGUUCAUCGUUUUCUAUGUAAAUGUCUUGUAACAUUUCAGUAUUAACUAACCAAAGUCAAAGUCCUUGUGCAUCCAUUGUACAUCCUAAAAUAAAGUGAUUUUGAUGUAGGACA